AUGUCAGAAGUUAAUGAAGAAGAAGAAUCGUUGGCCCCCUGUUCAAUUGGAAAAGAUGCUGCUGCAUCAAAGUGCCAUGUUAUCUUCUAUGCUAAGAAGACUGGAUUCAAAGCGUUUAGUGAUUUCACAGAAUGUGACCAGAAAUUGCUUGUUUCGCGUUCAGAAGCCAAACUUGACGAAAAUUCCAUCAUUUGCUUCCACCAUGAAGCCCUCUUCCUACAUGAAUAUCAAGCGAUGCAAAAGAAAUGUUGCAAUCCAUUCAAGAAGAGGAAUCACAAUGUAAAAGCUGGACUUAGACUGCUUGAUAAUGAAACAGCUGCCAAACUUUGCCUGUUAAAGAAAAAAGAAGUGAUUGAUAUAAAACCUGGUCAGAAGCUUUGCCCUCGCUGCAUGUCGGCACUGAACCAAAAGCUAGAAGAUUCAUCAUCACUAUCAACCCAAUCUGAACAAGAUUUCACAACGGAUGAAACUGAACCAGCCAUCAACAAAAGUUUAUCAUUUAUUGGUGCUUCACCAUUGAAAAGAAGACAACUAAGUAAAAGAGAUAAGCAAAGCUAUGCAAAAAGAAAGAUCUUGGAUGCACAAAGUUUAAUUGGGAAUCAAAUUGCUGCUGCUGUAGGAAUCAAUUACGAUGAACAGCCAAGUUCAACAAAGAGGAAGUUGAAGAAGAAAAAGCUUCUCAAGAAGAAAGAUUCCUGCAAGGGCACACUCUAG